AUGGAUCUCAAGCAGUAUGAAGAAAAGCUUGUGAGUAGUUUGGGCAGUUUCGAUGAUUUGCAGAGUGUCGUGGACGAAAUGCCCAGUACAUAUAGUGCAUUGGCCAAGGCGCUGUACUAUAUUUUCCAAACCGAGUUCCUGCCCAAAUUGAAAGUGAGUGCGGAGAACGAAACGGCAAUCGUAGCUGAAAUCAAACAAAAGUUCCCAAAAAAUGCCAAAGUAACGGCUGCCGGUCAUGCAAUGAUCAGCGCUAGCGACAACGGCGAAUUGACAUUUGGAGGGCAAGAAAAGACAGCGCUACCAACAUGGCUUUUGAGGGGCCUUGUCGAUUACAGCUCGGCUGAGUCCUGGCCCGUGUUUAUUCCUGCGACACUUACGCUACUUGACUCACCUGAGAUCGCCUUGAGAGCUCAAGGUUGUCUGGCUGCCAAGUCAAUAGCUGAAAAGUACAAAGCCAAACUCGAGACGUCUGGAUUGCGUCCUCUAUUCCAAGAAGCAAUCAAAUCUUGUUUGCAUUAUCUCCCGCCCUCCUCCAAGGCUGAAGAAACUAUGCUGAUUGAGCGACCGGCGGUUGUGAGUCUUCUUGCCCUGGCGACAAACAACCAGGAACUAGAUGCAGUUAUGAGAGAAGGCCCACUAAGAGCAUUCAGAUACACACAACAAAACGUGAAGCUCAUUAUUUAUUUACUCGACCUCGUGCGCACAGUAGCCGAUCGGUUGGGGCCUCGAACGAUUAUCCACUUGAAGGAAUUAAUACAUAUUUUUAUGGCGAUUCUGGCAGACCCGUAUAUUGAUACCAGUCCGGAGCUUGUGGAGGCCGCUUGCUCGACCAUGAGCAGCGUGCUAUUGAGACACUGUGCCCCGCGGAUGCCCAACUAUCGCUACGACGUGCUCUAUGCACUGGCCAAGGCCAAGGUUUUGCAGAGCCCAUACUUUGACGAUGGCUGA